GCCGCAUUUACCAUAUUGCAAACACUACUUUACCCUUUCCGAGAACUUCUCAAGCACAGCUUUCUCUGGGAAUAUAUCGCUAAUAUGGCGAUCCAGAAGAAGCACGGCAAGGGAAGACUUGACAAGUGGUAUAAGCUCGCCAAAGAAAAAGGUUAUCGUGCCAGAGCCGCUUUCAAGUUGAUACAAUUGAACAAGAAAUAUGGCUUCCUCGAAAAGAGCAGGGUACUCCUGGAUCUUUGUGCUGCACCUGGAUCAUGGUGUCAGGUCGCAGCCGAGACUAUGCCUGCGCAAAGUCUGAUUGUCGGUGUCGACUUGGCUCCCAUUAAACCCAUUCCUCGAGUUAUCACCUUCCAGAGCGAUAUCACUACCGACAAAUGCAGAGCGACCAUACGAGGACACUUGAAACAUCUCAAAGCAGAUGCAGUGCUACAUGAUGGUGCCCCAAACGUGGGUGUAGCCUGGGUACAAGAUGCCUUUUCUCAAGCGGAAUUGGUCUUGCAGUCGAUGAAAUUGGCGACAGAAUUCCUGAAAGAGGGCGGCACAUUCGUCACAAAAGUUUUCCGUUCUAAGGAUUACAAUGCAUUGCUGUGGGUAUUCAAGCAGCUGUUCACGUCCGUCGAGGCUACGAAGCCUCCUUCGUCCCGAAAUGUGUCUGCCGAAAUUUUCGUUGUCUGCAGAGGUUUCAAGGCUCCGAAAAGGAUGGAUCCGAAAUUCCUGGAUCCUAAGCAUGUCUUUGCCGAAGUGCAAGAAGCGACUCCGAACAACGAGGCCAAAGUAUUCAACCCCGAAAAGAAGAAGCGAAAGCGAGAAGGUUAUGAGGAGGGAGAAUACACACAGCACAAAGAGAUCCCCGUCAGUGAAUAUAUCCAUACCACAGAUCCGAUUGCGAUCCUCGGUACGGUCAACAAGCUCAGUUUUGCGCAAGGUUCUAAUGGCGAUCUCGCGUUGGCGGCCUUGGACAGACUUCCCGAAACGACGGAUGAAGUAAGAAAAUGCUGUGAAGACUUGAAAGUGUUGGGCAAGAAAGAGUUUAGAACACUUCUGCGGUGGCGACUAAAAGUGCGCGACAAAUUUGGCAUGUCUAUCAAGGCAAAGAAACAGCAAGAGGCUGAGAAGACGGAAGGCGAAGAGGUUGCUGAGGUCCAGCCCAUGGAUGAGGAACUCAAAAUCCAAGAGGAUUUACAAAGAUUGAAGGAGCAAGACUCGAAGAAAAAGAGGAAAGAGCGCCGACGGGGGAAUGAGAAAAAGCAAAAGGAGAUUGUGCGAAUGCAGAUGCACAUGACCACGCCUCGAGAAAUUGGUCUAGAACAAAAUGGUCCGAUGGGUGAGGGUGCCAUAUUCAACAUCAAGACUGCGAAUAAGGCUCGAGACGCCACCAAGAUCACAGAAGGGCCGAUGGAGCAAACGGAAACCCUAGAGUCAGAAGUGUCUGAAGAGGACUCUGAGGAUGACGACUCUGAUUCAGAUGGAGACAACUUGGAAGAAGAGCUCGACAAUUUGUACAGCAUGUACCGUGAGAAACGUGAAGAGAACGACGCCAAAGCGCGAGCGAAAAGGGCCAGAAAAGAAAGAGAAACUGACGAGUGGGGUGGUCUGUCCGAUGAAGCUGAGGGCAACGACAAUGCGACCGACGCAGAGUCCGAUGCUGAAGAUCAAUUUUCUGCACGUUCACUUCCCAAAGCUGAUGGUCUUUCGACGAAAGCAGCCAUGUUUUUCGACCAGGACAUUUUCCAAGACUUAGGUCUCGACGAAGAUGAAGACGACAAAGACAGCGCCAUAGAGCUUGAAGAUGAAUCGUCUGACCAAGCGAAGCCAGCAACAACUCAGACACAGAAGCAGGCGGUCGAGUCGCAGCAAAAGCCUCUGAAAUCAGCGUUGAAGAAGACCCAAUCCUCCUCACAGCAGGCAACUGACGACGCGUCCGACUCAGAAGCAGACCUCCCACAAAAGCCCUCUACGGCUCCAUCCACCCGGCCUGAGGAUCCUCUCUUGCCAAACGGUCAAUUGGACGUCGACAUCAUCACAGCUGAAGCCAUGACCCUGGCUCAGUCACUGGCCACCAAGCAGACCAAAUCCUCUGACCUCAUCGACGACAGCUUCAACAAAUAUUCGUUCCGCGACGUAGACGGUCUCCCAGAGUGGUUCCUCGACGACGAGACUUCACACUCGAAACUCAACCGGCCCAUCACUGCGGCCGGUGCUGCCGCGAUCAAAGAGAAACUGCGCGCCCUCAACGCGCGGCCCAUCAAGAAAGUGCUCGAAGCCAAGGGACGCAAGAAGUUCAAGGCAGCGCAAAAGUUGGAGAAACUGCGUAGGAAGUCUGCGCUGUUGCUCGAUGACGAGGGUAUCAGCGAGAAGGACAAGGCGGCGAGCAUAACGAGGAUGAUGGCGCGGGCCGCCAAGAAGGGUCGACCGAAGGAGAAAGUCAAGGUCGUUGUGGCGAGAGGCGGCAACAGAGGUAUCAGUGGGCGUCCCAGAGGUGUAAAGGGCAGGUACAAGAUUGUUGAUGCAAGGCUGAAGAAGGACGCCCGAGCGGAGAAGAGGUUGAAGAAGAAGUUGAAGAAAUGAUCGAGCUUGUUGUCUCGUCAUCUUCGGUAACGAUAAAAACCUUAUGAAUGGUAUCUAUGUUACGAUGAACGCCCUGAAGAGCAUGAGCAUCCAAUGUUCCGUCCCAAUUCCGUUUCCGUGUCGUAAAUGCUGUACAGCUCCAAAACUCCUUAUCCAGCCUUCUGUACCGGAUGUGGCCACCCCUGGUUAUAGUAUAUACAUGUAGACAGCGUCGCCUGAUUGUGAUUUCAGUGCAUCAAUCCCGCUUACUGAUGUCCGAAGGCUGGUAUCCACACUCAGCGUACUG